UUUCCUCAUUGGGUUGAACGCAAGCCCAGCCUCCACUUUCUCCUCCCCUUCUUGGGAGUUCCGGCAUCUUUGGCGCCAAAUUGCAAACCCUCUCCUCAGACUGCAAGGAAAUGAGUGGCUGUGGUGGCGCCUCAGAGGCCAGCAAUCCCAACGGGUAUAGCUGUGAGAUGACCUGUAAAAAACGUGAUGAUUAUUUGGAAUGGCCUGAAUAUUUUAUGGCUGUAGCUUUCCUCUCAGCUCAAAGAAGCAAGGAUCCACACUCUCAGGUUGGUGCUUGCAUUGUGAAUUCAGAAAACAAGAUUGUUGGGAUUGGUUACAAUGGCAUGCCUAAUGGAUGCAGCGAUGACUCGUUACCUUGGACAAGAACAGCUGAGAGUAAACUUGACACUAAAUAUCCCUAUGUAUGUCAUGCUGAACUGAAUGCCAUAAUGAACAAGAACUCAGCUGAUGUGAAAGGCUGCAGCAUGUAUGUUGCCUUGUUUCCUUGUAAUGAAUGUGCAAAGCUCAUCAUCCAGGCAGGUAUCAAAGAAGUUAUCUUUAUGUCUGACAAAUAUCACGAUACUCCAGAGAUGACAGCUUCACGCCGCUUGUUUGAUUUAGCUGGAAUUAUAUACAGGAAAUUCAAACCAAAGUGCAAUAAGAUAGUCAUUGAUUUUGAUUCAAUUAACAGCAGACCAAGUCAAAAGCCUCUAAUGACAAAAGAAAGAAGGAAAGAAGGAAAGAAGGAAAGAAAGAAAGAAAGAAAGAAAGAAAGAAAGAAAGAAAGAAAGAAACAGUGGAGAGAAGAGAACUCCUCAGAAUUCACUUUGAAAACUCCUGUGCUAGAUAGUUCCUGAUGCAGUGAUAUUUCCGCAGUGCCAUUCAGAUUGCAUUAGCCAAGGAUCCACAGUGGAAUAAGAGAAAUGUAAUAAAAUGCUUACCUGUGGAUAGUGUUUUGGGCUACUUGGAAGAGCUAUCAAAUAUUCACAGAAAUCUCUGCAGGAAUGGUUCAGGGUUAACUGAAGCAUAUUCCCUUAAAAUCAAGAAUGGUCUAGCCGUACAUGAGCCAUUCUGUUUUGAGAUUAUUAUAUUUAUUCUGCUUUUACUGUCUUGGCCAUUUGCCAAUGCCAGAAUGCAAGUAUGACAAAGAUAGAGAGUUUUCUAUUAUAAAUCCAAUAACAGUUUAUGGCUUUCUUCUUCUGGGGUCCUAAAUCAUAUCUGGCUGAUAUUCUGAUGUGAUUCUUUUAACUUUAAUUUUUGAUAGGUUAUAGAAAUCUGUUUUUGCAAUAAAAAAGCAUUAACGUGUACUGGAUUUGGCUUGUGUUCUGGGAAUGCAGAACAAUUUCCGACCAUCAUAAAAUGGGGUUGAGGUCCUUGUGUUUGUGAGGGUUUCACUGUGUUGUCUACGGAGUUUCUGCAUGUGGAUGUAUUUGAACUCUGUUGCAAAAUUUGUUUCAUGAAUACAUCUCCAUUUUACAGGCAGGCUGUAUAUUUCUGUUUUUGAAACUCAUCAUCCACUUAUUCUUAUCUGUCUAAUAUCUGCAUUUUUGUAGCAUAUAAAUAACAAAUGGGGUAUAAGAAGCACCUGUGUAUUCCUGUAAAAUGAAUUUUGUUUAGGAUCAUUUUGGCUUGUUACUAUGCCUUAGAGAAGAAUUCACCAUUGUAUAUGUCAUAUGUUAAACAUCGAGAAGUACAUAGAAAUAAACCCAUCUUACAGCAA